AUGUCCGCCCAGAAGCUUGUGUCCUGCUUGCUCAUCCUGAUGCUGGCUCAUGGCGCCUGUGCGCUUCCUCCACGCAUCGAUUCGACGCUGGAUCGCGUGCGGCGCGUCACCUUUUCUGGCGAGCCAGACAUCUACGGUGCUUCGUUGGGCCGAUUGAGUAGAGUGAGUAGUGCACCGUCGCAUCAUCGCAAAAAGGGCAAAAGAGACGGCUGACGUGUGAAAGCGCGCUGCGUCAUUGUCGUGAAAUAGAAUUCGAGCACGAGAUCAUCUCGCUCGUCGGGUUCCUCUUCUUCUUUCGACUCCUUUGGCUCUUCUUCGACCAUCGACCUUCCCGUGGCUCCUGCCCCGCUCGGCCACGCCCGUUGGUCGCUAAGCUCGCCGCAUCCACUCUACCACGAGACGGCAGCGGAGAAUGAAAGCCUACACAAGAAUUCGGCUGCACACGAAUACGUCACUUCAUGGUAUGGGCGCACCGACGCUUCUCUUCGAGCAGCACACAAGGUGAUCCACCCGCACACCAAGUGGCGCUUUGUGGCCCCGCACACGGACGCCCUUGGCGUCGCAAGAGGCGCCAAGUUGGAGCUAUACAGAGUCAACGGCAAAGCACCGCGCGUGCCAGUGGUGCACGACUUGGAGAUGGAGAACAGGGUGUUCUUGCCGUACAAGAAGGGCAAGCUGCUAGCGCAGAUCGACAUUCCGCCGGGAGCCGUGACGCCCAGGAUGGGUGUGUAUCACGUCAAAAAGACGCCCAUGCACAAGAAGGGGCUGGAUAAGCGCCCGACGAGGGCGCAGGCGCAAAAGUACAUCAACAAGCUGUCGGAGGCUGACCGCGACAAGCUGUACAUUCAUCAUGCGGAUGCCGCUGCGCAUGCAUGA